AUGAACGCUGUAUCUCUCUACCAGUUGAAGUAUUUGCAAGCAGUCAUCAACGAGUCCUUACGAGUCUUUCCACCAGUGCCAGCUAUGUUGCCGAGACGUACUCCACUGUCCGCCGCAACUUUUAUCAACCCGACAAAGUUCAUACCGGAGCGCUGGCUCGGCGACCCAAGGUUCAAGAACGACCGACGGGAAGUCCUCCAGCCGUUUUCCAUGGCCCGGCGGAAUUGCAUUGGAAAGAACUUGGCCCACGUGGAGAUGAAGACCACAAUUUCCAAAAGGAUGUGGCAUUUUGACCUCAAAUUAUGCGACGACAGCAGCAAGUGGUACAAGGAACAACGCAGUUUCCUGCUGUUGACCUGUGCUCAACGUCAAAGUCAGCCGGAGAAGCAGACAGACGCCUUAUGGAACUGGGAGUGA